AAAAACUCAAGGUUCAGCUCGCGAUAGCCAUAACUUAGCCACAGAGGUGGUGACUAGCAUAAAGAAGAGCUGGUUGGUUCUAAAGAAGAGGGUAAGGAAUCAGAGAAGCCAUGGGAGACUGGUCGUUUUUAUCCAAAUUUCUGGACAAGGUGCAGUCACACUCCACGGUCAUCGGAAAGAUCUGGAUGAGCGUCCUCUUCAUCUUCAGGAUCUUGGUGCUGGGGACUGGAGCGGAGAGCGUGUGGGGGGACGAGCAGUCGGGGUUUGUCUGCAACACCCAGCAACCCGGUUGCGAGAACGUGUGCUAUGACUAUACCUUCCCCAUCUCGCACAUCCGCUUCUGGGUCUUGCAGAUCAUCUUCGUGUCCACGCCGACUCUGAUGUACCUCGGGCACGCCGUGCACGUUAUCCACCAGGAGAAGAAACUGAGGCAGCACUUGCAGAACCAGGAGGCGCGGAGCGGGAAGUGCCCCAAAUACACUGACGACAGAGGGAAGAUCAAGAUCAAGGGGAAUCUGCUGGCCAGCUACCUGGCGCAGCUCUUCUUCAAGAUUAUAUUUGAGCUGGCGUUCAUCGUGGGCCAGUACUACCUGUACGGCUUCAUCAUGGUGCCGAUGUUCCCCUGUUCCCGCAAACCGUGCCCGUUCACGGUAGAGUGCUACAUGUCCCGGCCCACAGAAAAGACCAUCUUCAUCAUCUUCAUGCUGGUGGUGGCGUGCGUGUCCCUGGUGCUGAACGUGGCCGAGGUGUUCUAUUUGCUCUGCACUCGAGUGAGGUGCGGGCCUAAAAGAAGGCGUCAGAUCACCUCGGCACAGAAUCCUGCCAGGCUCACGUCCCCACCGUGGAUGCCUGGCCUGGCUGGUGAGGACCCUCUGAAGCAGAAUACUGUGAACAUGCAGUUUGAAAGUGGACAGAGCCCGUCUCCGAGUCUCGGGGGAAGCUCAGAUGGGGCCAAGGAGGAGAAGCCCCUACUGGGCGAACGUUAAACAGAGUGGUUUGCUUAAUCUUUCUCUGCAUUUCCUGUGAAACUGAGAUGAUUACACCCACAUUACAUGGUGUGGAAUGUACUGUUGUGAUGUCACUUUGUUUUGAAACAUUGAACAUUACAGUAACACAUCUGAACAAAUUUUGUUAGAAAGAAAUAUUAUUUUCAUUUGUUACAUGGAAUUACAACCAAGGUACGAAAAACUCAAACUUUUAAAGUUCAGCUGAGGAACAAUAUCACAAUUGACAAGUCAAGGUAACAGGAUGUAUAAGGAAACAUGAUUUGCAUAUCAAUGCAAUCUGUUUUGUGAAGACUCUUUCCACAUAUACAAUUUCCUGUAUGGCUGUUUAGAAUUUUGGGAAAGUAUAAUAAUAUAAUACAAAUAUAGGUAGGCAUUUUAAAAGAAAAAUUCCUGAG